GCGGUUGAAUAGUGCAUUAGAAAGAGCCCAGAACCCUCCUUAUAUUUUUUUUCGGUGUUUCGCGAAAUGAUCUGUGAUCUUGUGAUCUGUUGCCUGGUUUUGGGCCUAGCCAUUUCGGCAUCCGGACAGCCACAUGCCCGUGCCAGCGAUCUUUACUAUACGGACAUCACCCCGGUGACCGAUGACACGCGAUACACCACACUCAAUCCGGAUAUCCAGCUCACCGAGAUGAACAAGGUGAAGCACUCGAAGGGCAACAUCGUCUUUACCUCCGGGGAGCGAACGUCGGGCGAUCGGCUGAUUGUGAAUCACUACGAUGACGAGAGCUUCGCCAGCGCAAAGGACAUCGAGGUGCUGAUGAGCUAUCCGGCCGGAUCGACAACCGGAGUCACGCUCACCUGCAUCGAGGUGUACGUGGACCAGUCGGCGGACGAUGCCGGCGGCUAUCUGAGCAAAGGCGGCAUCGGUCAGACCAACGUCGAGAUCCUGCUCACCUCCAAUCUGACCCGCAGCUUCGUCUACGAGACGUUCAUCUACGGCUACUAGGAACUCCGCGUCGCCCAGAACUUUCAGCUACAAUAAAAGUUUCGCCUGGAACCCAACUGUGAUCAUGAACUUAAAACCCUUCCCCUGUUUCUGCCCUUCCUGCCGAGAGUAUUAUUAGUAUUAUAGACCUACAUUAAAGAACAUAGGAAAAAAAAUCCAAACACACUCCUGUGAAAAUCCACACACAAUGUUUUUUACUCAUCCAAAUCGUUGUACAAAUAAAGUGUUCCUUGUUGGUUGGCGCCCUAUCGAAA